AUGGACGAGAACAUAUAUGGCACAGCCAGGUUUCUCAGGGCAAUACAUAUUGGCCUGCACCAAAAAUAUUUGGCUCAUAGCGAGAGAAUCGAGCAACUCUGGCGAUCCUUUACACCAGACCAACGCGACCUAAUCUUCCGGGCUGGACUAAAAAGUGACCAGGUUCUGCAAACUCCUGACGACAAGUCGCUAGGAGCCUCCUAUGCGGUAGUAUCAGAAAUGAACCUUCAUGACAUUAAAAGUUCACCUGAUUAUUUCCUGGAUCAUUUUGAGUUCCGCGCUACGACGAGCCUGACGGAACAGUACCGUACAGGCUUGGAAGGUGCGUUAGGUGAUCACCAGGUCAUUAUGCGAAGCAAAAUUGCCCGAAAUCCUGAAUUUCUCAAGGAACAUAAGCACGAACUCACCUUUUUUAUGGACGAAAAAAGAUACGGCGAAUCGUUCAAGGCUGAAAACCAGGAGAAGUACAAAAAGGUUUUGAAUGACUUUGCGUCGGCUGUCCAGGCGGGGCUUUGCGUCCCACGAGGAGUUGGGAACCUCAUAUUGGAAAGACAGUGCUACAUGAUCAAACAUCUUUGCAUUCUAGUUGAGGAUAUCCUAAGAUAUGGCGAGUUGAUGGAUGAAAUGGAGAGAGAAUCGGAGACACCAGAACAAAAAGCAUGGACUGCCCUCUCGACCUAUCCCGUGGAUAUAGACCCGGAAUCAGUAUGUGUCCAGGAUCUCCUCACUGCGGUGUAUGAUCGAAAAUCGUCUUUUGAAGUUUAUUGGGGACUCUGUCGAUCUAAUCCUGUUUUCCUCGCAAAUGCAGUCAAUGUUUGGUAUUCGACUAGGCCUGAUCUCGUGGCAGAUGAAAAGGGCCGACGUAUGCCUCUCGCCUCUGACGAGUACGUCAGCCGUGCUAUCUUCGAGGUAAUUCACAAUUCAAUUAUUGGAACCGCCGUCUGGGAUAUUAUUACCACCCUUCUCAAGAACUGCCUUGAAGCGUCAGACGACCCAGGGCAGGGUAUCCUUUUACAAGAGAUAUCGAAUAUUUGCCACCAUGAAUACGAUCGGAUACGCAGGGAUUUCACGCGUAUGGUUCAGGUUGGCCGUGGUGCUAAACACUUCAAACGUCUCUCGAAUGUAUUCGACAAUGCUACGCCUCGCGUUACGUUGAAGAAUAUCCCGGACCGUCUUCAAAAGGAGGACCAGCAGCUUCAUUACAUUCUACGUCUUUGCCAGCCCGAGACCGAUACCACUCAGGCCGUGCGUUGGAUUACCAUGUUGGACCAACUACAUCACAAGCAACCAAUUGAGCUGGAUAGGUUGGAGAAAAGGGAAUACAAUGCGCUGGGUGAAAUUGCAACGACAGUGAAUAUUAUCAACGCGUUGAUCAUAUCGCUUAAGCUGCCCUCUGCUAGUCCUAAGAAGGGAGUGACAUACGUCUCGAAGUUGAAGGAGUUGAUGGCUAGACUUGAUCCUUUGAAAAUACUGAAAGAUCUUGAAGUUCAGCUGCAGAAUGUGAAGGAAACAGGAAAAUUCAAGUCCAAAUCCAAAUCCAAAUCUAAGUCUAAGAAAUCGGUAGGGGCUUUCCGUCCGAUGAGUCAAGUUCAGCAACAAGGUCAGGCGAUCAAGACUCACUCCUCGAAUUCGUCUAGAUCCAGUACUAGCCGGAUCUCAGCAUCUGAACCAAGAGCUUCCCCUCCAUCGCAAAUACCUACUCCACUAGAGAAUCCUACGAAAUCAAAAACACCUGCUGAGCCGGAAACGCUAAUUAAAGCAGACGGAUCUGCUGACGCGUCGACACCAACUCAAGUUAAAGUACUCGCUGAAACGAAAUCAUCUACACAGCCACAGGAGAUUACUGAACCAUCACUGUCCGAUGAACCAGUAGCGUCCGCUCAGGAAACAUUAAUUGAACCUGAGUUCGAAUCAUCUUCUCGUGUACCUCCAGUGUCUCCGAAGCCCAAAAAAUCUGUUGAAAUGGACACGUCAACCGGUGGAAAAGCAUCUACCAAAUUAUCAGUCUCUGAUGAACCAGAGAUCUCCAUCAACCAAGAGCUUCCCACCGAACCUGUUACGCCUGCUGAAUUGGAGAUUUCAGAACCGAAACCGAUUACGGAACUGGAGACGUCUGCAGAACCAGAAACGCCUACUGAUAUGGCAAACUCUACAGAAGCAGCGGCAGCUUCUGAACACGAACACGAACCAUUCGUUGGGCCAGACCCAUACGUCCAAUUGACGACCUCUACUAUAAAGCAGGCAAUCUCUGCAUUGGACUUUGGUGAAGCUGGAAAGCGACCACUCGAUCAGCCAGAAGCACCUACCGAGGUGAAGAGCAACAGUGAGCAUGGGACAGCCGAUGCAGAACAGACCUCCGCAUUGGAGCCAGAUGUUGGAUUGGAGGCGAUUGGGCGUGAAAUCUCCACUGAGGCAGAGACAUCUGAAGCUUUGGGAGAACGAAGGCCAGAUUUGCUUGCUGAAUCGGAGACCAUUGGACCAGAAAUACCAAGACGUUCGGAUACGCCAGCAUCAUACACUGAACCUGGAACACCCGGAUCACAGCGAUCCAUCAAAGCAAACAUGGAAAGACCCAUCGAACAGGAUUCGCCCACCAAGUCCGACGUAACUGAGGAGCUCCCAGAAGUCUUCAAAGUUCAACCCACCACAUUAGAAGUCUUCACAGCCUUGUUCUCCGCAUUAGAAUCAGGAUCCAACUCUGACGACGCAGCGCCAUCAAUCAAAUGGCUCGCCUUUGGAACAGCCAUGGCCGAAAUCGGAUUUACCAUUGUACCCAAUAUUGGAUCUCUGUACACAUUCGUGCCUAGUGAGAAUGCUGAAGUGCAAGCGUAUUUCACACUACAUCGACCAUAUCGGGAGGUGAUUCAAGGUGAUUCAUUGGUUUAUCUUGCAAGUCGGUUGAAGCACUUGUAUGGAUGGGGGAAAGAGACUUUUGAGGCAGCAUGAUAGACCGUUCCACUAAAGGUUUUUUGUUUGUACAGUACUCUAAAAUAAUUGCGCUGACUCAUGAUAGAAUGUUUUGUCGUCUUGGGCGACGUUUUGUGUGAGCUUUCACCAGCAUAAAGAAUAGACUAGGCUUGAACUUU